AUGAUUUUAGCUGGCGACAUAAACGUUAACAUUGCAUCUAAAAUAAAUGAAAAUUCGUAUGAACGUAGUAGUAACAACAAAAAGAGUAAAAAAUGGCAAUGCAAAUCAUGCGAUAAAAAAAUAGCUGUGCAAACUUUAUUAACUACCGAGGAGAGCAAUGUGACAUUGAGGAAGAAGAUGUUGGUACACAAUAUUAGCGAUAAUGUAAUCCUACCUUCUGAUACUGCCCAGGAGACCACACCAGUAUCUACUCCAGCUAGCACAGAAUCAGGAAAAGAAACUACAGACAUUUUUUCCGAUGGUCUAACUAUUGAUGAAACCUUGUUAUCAAAAAGUAUGGAUUACACAAUGACGGAAGUUGUCUCUAUUCAGGACAUGAGAGACAUCAUAGAACAGCUACGAAUGGACCUUGCCACAACACAAAAUGAACUUGAAAACAUUAUUCUAGACAAUAACGACCUCCGUUCACAAGUGACCAAUCUUAUCAAGGAAAAUAACACAUUAAAGGCUUUUCUAUCCAAAACACCGCCAAAGAAAACCACACCGCCCAGGGCAUUCAGUGACAACAAGACAGAGGAAUUCUCUAACAGGAACAUCCUAACCCUCGAGCAGAAUCUUAAAGAUCUCGAGCUGCAACUGAAGUCAGCCAAAAAUGAAAUAGCGGACCUUAAUAAUCAAAUUAUAACCCUUCAAAAGGUAGUCCAAGCUAAAGAAUUCGAAGAAUCCUCGCUAAUUCAGCACACGAUUAAUUUAAACUCAGAAAUUGAUAAAACAUCUAUAAAUUAUAUGAUAAAAGUUGAAAAUGAUAUAGCACGCGAACCUUCAAAUUUUUGGAAAUACGUGAAAGAAAAACGAAAGAAUAGACAACAGAAUAAGGAAUUUGUGUAUAAUAAUAGAAUUUUAGAAGGGCAGCAAGCUAUUGAUGCAUUCGCGCAGUAUUUCAGCUCAGUUUUUCAACCUGAUACUCCAUUGUUAAAUGUAGAAGCAGCGAAACGCGAUGCAAUGUACGCGGACUGUGUAACCAAAGAUGUUGAGUAUCUAGCAUCUCAACGGACUAAUGAGACACCAGAACAUUCCCAAGACCAGCGUCGACAGGAUGUUGAGUAUCUAGCAUCUCAACGGACUAAUGAGACACCAGAACAAUGCCAAGAUCAGCGUCGACAGGAUGUUGAGUAUCUAGCAUCUCAACGGACUAAUGAGACACCAGAACAAUCCCAAGAUCAGCGUCGACAGGAUGUUGAGUAUCUAGCAUCUCAACGGACUAAUGAGACACCAGAACAGUCCCAAGAUCAGCGUCGACAGGAUGUUGAGUAUCUAGCAUCUCAACGGACUAAUGAGACACCAGAACAGUGCCAAGAUCAGCGUCGACAGGAUGUUGAGUAUCUAGCAUCUCAACGGACUAAUGAGACACCAGAACAGUGCCAAGAUCAGCGUCGACAGGAUGUUGAGUAUCUAGCAUCUCAACGGACUAAUGAGACACCAGAACAGUGCCAAGAUCAGCGUCGACAGGCUGUUGAGUAUCUAGCAUCUCAACGGACUAAUGAGACACCAGAACAGUGCCAAGAUCAGCGUCGACAGGAUGUUGAGUAUCUAGCAUCUCAACGGACUAAUGAGACACCAGAACAGUCGCAAGAUCAGCGUCGACAGGAUGUUGAGUAUCUAGCAUCUCAACGGACUAAUGAGACACCAGAACAGUGCCAAGAUCAGCGUCGACAGGAUGUUGAGUAUCUAGCAUCUCAACGGACUAAUGAGACACCAGAACAGUGCCAAGAUCAGCGUCGACAGGAUGUUGAGUAUCUAGCAUCUCAACGGACUAAUGAGACACCAGAACAGUGCCAAGAUCAGCGUCGACAGGAUGCUGAAUAUCUAGCAUCUCAACGGACUAAUGAGACACCAGAAUAG